AUGGCCAUCCAGGGAGACAUCAGCCAGAUCAAUGCCCACCUCAUAGGCUUGUGGCUGCAGUUGCUCGCCACCGGAGCGUACUUCGUCUACCUGCCGCACUGCGUGGCGAUCCUGGUGAAGAAGCUUCGUAAUGGCUUGUCGCCCUGGCUUCCCGCGGCCUGCUUUUUCAUCUUCGCAGCUACUGUGCUCGAUUUCGUGGUGGCCAUUGUCCGGACAUACCAGGGGUAUGCAGUCACCGGCACAGAGCGGCCGAACCCCGCUGCCGUCUACGCAGACCCCUCCUCGACGUUGUCCUUGUUGAAGAACGCCAUGAACAUCGUUGUGGCUAUCAUCUCCGACGCCAUCAUUGUGUACCGGGCAUUCAUUGUGUGGAACAUGAACUACUACGUCGUUCUUGUACCGCUUGGGCUGUUGAUGGGGGGCACCGCCGUGGGCAUCUGGGCCGUCUGGACUCUGGCGCAAACCGGACCCGGGACAAUUCCCAUUCUCGCCGCCGUCUCCGUCCGCAUUCGUUACUUCUUUAUCAUCACAUUCGUUCUCAACAUCCUAUGCUCUAGCAUGAUCUGCUAUAAGAUCUAUAGCAUCCAGUCCAAGGUCAGCAAAGAGUACAACGGGGAGCGCUCUGCAACGAGCAGGUUGCUCGAGAUUAUCAUCGAGUCUGCUGGUUUCUAUUGCGCACACCUACUCAUCCUCAUCAUCACUAACGGCGUCGGAACCAACUACUUUUUCGUGUUCCUUGACCCGCUUCCCCCUGUCGGAGCCUACGUCUUCUCUAUGCUCAUCGUCAGCACUAAGCAGAACACGGAGAACAACGGGACGACGUACGCCUCCGGCACCACCAUCCGCUUUCGCGGCAGCAGGAGCACCCGGCCACCGCUCACCAUUGGCGUCGAAAUCGACCUCGAACGUGUAGUAGACACGGACGGCCGCUCGCCUGGCCAGCGCACCUUCUCGGAUGCUACGCGGGAUGUUUAUACCACCCAGGACAAGGACUCGAUAGUAUGA